UAAUGUUUUUGCAUCAACCUAAAUAUAAGAAUUCAACAAUCUGUUAAAAUGGAAAUCUCUAACUGAAUAACAUAACAAAAACAAAAACCUUAGAAACAGAGAAACUCAUGAUGAGACACAACAAUAAUACAAAGACAUGGAGAUGUCUGUCAACUUGUCUCACCCAUCAUCAUGUCUUUUCUUUAUCCUCCUUCUCUUCUCCGAUCAUCAUUCCGCCGCAGGAACUUACAUCCCCGGCAUGUCAAAUGCGGCGGCACGUAUGUUCAACAGAGCGAGGAAAGCAAAACAAGCGAGGGAGUUUCUAAACGCUCACAACGUAGCACGUGAGUCUUCAGGCGUGCCACCUCUUGGAUGGCACAAAGGCCUGGCCCGGUUCGCUCAUAAAUGGGCCAUACAACGUAAGCCCGACUGCAGUAUGCAACAUUCAGGAGGGCCUUACGGCGAGAACAUUUUUUGGUACCGGGAGAAGAAGACGUGGUGGCCGGAGAGAGUGGUGAUGAAAUGGUUUGAAGAGAGGUUUAACUACGAGUCGAAAUCAAACACGUGCGCAUCGGGAGAGAUGUGCGGUCAUUACACGCAGAUCGUGUGGCGAGACACGACAGCUGUUGGAUGCGCACGUGUGAAAUGUGAUGAAGGUCGUGGGUUUCUUGUGGUGUGCGAGUAUAAUCCACGUGGGAAUUACGAAGGUGAAAGCCCUUUUGAUCAAAACCAGUAA